AUGGUGUUUGAAGAAGUUCGCAAGAAUUUUUAUGAUUCCUGGAUUACAUAUAACAUUGUAUUCGACUUGAUCUUCCUCUGUGACCUAUUCGUCCUGACGAGAAGACAAUUUAUCGAAGACGGUAUUCGCAUGAAAGGCGUGAAAGAAAUGUUGAUACAUCGAAUGAAAUCGGUUUACUUCUAUCUUGACAUACUAUGCAUUCUUCCGACGGAUUUACUACUCUACAAAAUGAGAAACCUCUCACUUUGUAGGCUUAACAGACUGUUAAAGUGCUAUCGUAUAUCUGAAUUCAAUGCUCUUACCGAAAUUCGAACAACGUUCCCCAACUUGUUUCGGAUCACCAAACUGAUAUUUACUUGCUUUAUAAUCUUCCACUGGAAUGGCUGUCUAUACUUCUUUAUUAGUGUCUGGUAUAACUUUCCAAACGCAACAAUCGACGACUGGAUAUUUUCGUAUGACAAAAUUCCGGACCCGGUUCUGAUACAGUGUGGUGUCAAUGAUGACUAUAAUAUGACCGAAGAAAGAUGCCGAAUGGAUCUUAUACCUCCGCUGCGCUUCUACGAGGAACAUGAUAAUAUGACUGAAGAAGUGGAUCUGGCUAUGAUGUACUGG